CAUGAUUUAACCGUUAUUUACACUAUUGGGGUACUGGAGUACUGUUUGAAAGGCCAGAUAGCAUUUGUUAUCAAAAUCUUAUCUGCGUGAGCUGGUUCUUUAUCAGCUUCAUUUAGUUUACUCGCAGUUCCUUGAGUCUUCCGACGUUGCGGAGUCUCCUGGCACCAACACACAAGUGAAAUGCUGCUAGACGUGACGAGCGAACAGCUGGUGCGAAAUGACUCGGCCAAGUUUAUACGUUCCGAUGAGUAUGGGGAGGGCCCAGUACUUGCGAGCACGACGAGCCCGGACCCCGUGGCCCUGGCGCUGAGCGGCACGGUCGUCACGCUGCUGCUGCUGUGUCUGUGCUGUCUGUGCAAGUUCCGUGGCAAGCCGGCGCCGCUCCCCGCCGCCGACAUGUCCCAGCCGACGAUGGUGGUGACACAGCGCACGUACUUCCACAGCCUGAGCACGGACCAGCCGCCCCCCUACACCCCUCCUCCAGAGUUCCCGGGCAACGUGGGGCUGUGGCCCCCGGUGGCGCUGCAGAAGGUCCCCGACACGCCUCCGCCCCCGUACUCCGUGACCAUCACCCACACGGCACACGUCGUGCCGCUCUCGGCGUAGCCCCGGCGCGGCGCCGGCUGGCGGCAGCGGGACGAGGCGACCAGCCAACCACAGAGCUCGCCACGGGGUGGAUGCAGCUACACUCGCUACUCAAGCGAAUGGCAGUUUCCUUCCUUCCCCAACCAAGUCUAGGAGUAAUGCAACACUCGAAAAACUCUGCUAUAUUUUUUUAAGAUUUUUUUUUAAAAAUGAACCAUGUAUGUACAUAUUUACAAAACAUUUCUACAACAAUAUGAUACCAUAAAAUAUUCACAUGCAACAUUAAUAAAUAGAAUAAUUUUUUGUGUGUUAAUUAAAAUUGUAAAAUUGGUGAAAUUGAUGGUAACUACUGUAAAUCUUCGAUAAGCAACCUGAACUAGGUAUGUUGUUUGUGGUAUCUUCUUGUACUUAGGUAUGAUACCUGUGUUACUAACUUUAUUAUAAUGUGUAUAUGACUAUGUGUAUUUCUGUAUUAAAAUUACAGCAUUGUCUAUUUAUUAGCAAAAUGAUUUAACAUUUUACACAUUUUUUUUUUUUUUUUAAGCCUGUAAUAACAAUAUACCUACUACGUAUUCAUUACAAAACGGUAAACACAAGAAUUCUCAAAUGUAUAACUGUUUUAUUUAAUUUUCUGUAAUGAAACAAGCAGCAGAAUGUUAAAAGAAAAUCAUUCAAAGCUCAUAUGCUAUUUUCAGCAUAAAAUCCAUCAUUUCAUAUUCUUUAACAUGUGGAUGCAGCCGUGUUAUUUUUUAUCAGCGCCACAUUUACAAAGCAAGUUAUGGGUCAGAGAACUCGCUUAUUCUCCGACAGUUUUUUAAGUUUCCUAAAAAAUAUAUAUCUUAUUUAUUACAAUCUCUUUACUUUAAAGUGUACAAAUUAAGUUUUCUAUUAUAAUAAUCUCUGAAAACAGUGGAAUAAUUUUGAACCAGUACUACAAAAUUUUGAACUAGUACUACAAAAUGAAAAAAAGAUUUGUUGUAUAUUCUAUACUGUUAAAGGUAAUAGUUUUAGUUACAAGAAAAUGUCAUUAGCUCAAUUAUAUGAACUCUUUGAAAGUUAUUAAAUUUUAGUAAUUUUGGAUAAGCCAUCAAGAAUUGUUCGCAGUUUUUCUGACUGAACACGGCCAUACCAUUAAAAGUAAAUAGGCGACUAUUUUCUUUGAUGGCAAUCACUAUGUAAAAAUUUGCAUCCCUAUCUAUUUUAUCCAUUUUACAAUUUUUAGGAUGUUUCAUGGUUUAAUAAGGAAAAUUGCAAACAAUUUUGUUUAUGGGCAAAAUUUUGGGAUUGUGUAAACUGCAAGACUGAUACAACAGGGUUUUACUAUACAGUUUUAAAGGCCUCCUGGUAUUGGAGGUUGCUUUGCCUAUAAGAAGUGAAUGUAAUCUUUAAAUUUUAAGAUUUGAAACGACCAAUUUAAAUUCUAAUACUUGGAUUAUGUUAAGGAAGAAUUGUUGGUGUUGUAGAAUGUAAUAACUCAUGCACGCUGGGAACAUUCAUCCAACAGCGGAGCACUGUGCCCUGCUCUCAUGCAUCUCGACAAAAUAUUUUUCAAGUGGAAAGUGCCUACAUCUCCAAACCUAAUAAAAUAAUUUAUUUUAUUUUGUAUACUGAAUAGGUAAUCAACCAGAACACUCUGAUAAUGUAAACAGUGUGAGUCACAUUCUUACAGCUAUGAUGGUUCAUUGCACAAAAUAAACACAGUGUCAGUGUAUCACUUUUUAUAGCACAUUUUUAUGUUGCAAAUCUUUGUACAUAUAAUUAUUUGCUGAUAAAAUGUAUAUUUUGGAAA